AAAACCCGCUCCCCUUUCACUCCCUCCCCCAUCACCGUCUCUGUCUUCCUUCUUUGGAUUCCUUCGGCUUCCUCUCAGGCCACUGUUUCCGUAAGAAAGGAUGUCGACACUCUCGAUUCCCGUUUCCGUUCCGUCCCCCUACGACGACAGCGAGCAGCUCCGCAAGGCCUUCGAAGGAUGGGGCACGAACGAGGGGCUGAUCAUCGCCAUCCUGGCCCACCGCUCCGCAGCCCAGCGACGCCAGAUCCGCGACGCCUACGCCCAGGCCUACGGCGAGGAUAUCCUCAAGGCCCUCGAAAAGGAGCUCACCCGGCACUUCGAGGUCUUCUCUGUUUCUUGUUUCUUCUCUCAAAGAUCUCUCUCCUUUUGUUCCUUCUCUUCUUUGAUAUGUUUCUUGAUCUGGAAACAGAAAGCCGUGCUGCUGUGGAUGCUGGACCCCCCGGAGAGGGACGCUGUGCUGGCCAACGAGGCCUUGAAGAAGUGGUCCUCCGGGAACCGCGCAUUGAUUGAGAUCUCCGUGACGAGGACUUCUGACGAGAUGUUCGCGGUCCGGAGAGCGUACCAUGCUCGCUUUAAGAGAUCGCUUGAGGAGGACGUCGCGGUCCACACCAGUGGGGAUUUCCGGAAGCUUCUUGUGCCACUUGUAAGCUCGUACCGCUAUGAGGGGCUUGAAGUGAAUGCAUCACUGGCGAAGUCAGAGGCUAAGAUGCUGCAUGAAAAGAUAAAUGACAAAGAUUAUGGCAAUGAAGAAAUCAUUAGAAUUCUAACUACAAGGAGCAAGGCACAACUGCUUGCAACGUUCAAUGAUUACAACAAUGAAUUUGGUCAUCCAAUUAACAAGGACUUGAAGGCUGAUCCUAAGGAUGACUUCCUCUUUGCACUGAGGAGCAUCAUACGUUGCAUCAUUUGCCCUGAAAAAUAUUUUGAGAAGGUCAUCCGACUUGCAAUCAACAAAAUGGGGACAGACGAGUAUGCUCUUACUCGAGUCAUAACCACUCGUGCUGAGGUGAAUAUGAAACAGAUAAAGGAGAUCUACUACAAGAGAAACAGCGUGCCUCUGGAACGCGCCAUUAAAAAGGACACCACUGGAGACUAUGAGGACUUCCUGCUUGCAUUGAUAGGAGAGGAUGCCUAAGCUCUUUCGAGGCUCGGUACCUAGCAUCUUGGUAACCCAGUAUAUUCCAUUAUGUUCCUUUUGUGUGAGGGAAUAGUGUCUUGGUUUGCCUUUGAGUGAGUGUUGCCAUGUUUUGGGUCUUAUGACAUGCCAAGGUACAAAUAAAGUGCCCAUGUGCCUAGCAUUAAAGUUGAAGUGUGUGCAUGUACUUAUUUUCAGUUUUCUGUUGGCGUUGUUAGAUGUGGGUUUGAUCCACCAAGAUGCUGAAUAUCUGAAUCUAUCUUGUGUUUGACCAAUAAAUGCUUGUUUUAAUUAGUU